AUGAUAAGAGCGAGCUCAAACCGUUUCAAAACUGCACAGUUUUCCAUUUUCACACAAAAACAGAUGAUUAUAAGGAUCCUUAAGAAGCUAGAAAAUCAAAAAGAAAAAGAAGGAACAACAGCUAACCAUUGUCAUACCAGAAAUGAAACUGAAACUAUGGAUAGUACUCACUGCAUUUACUCAGUCACUACAGCGAAGCGACGGAUUUCUUAUUGCGGAUUACUGCAUUGCCCCUCCGCCAUGCACGUGCUCUGAAUCUGGUACAGCAACAGUAACUGUAGAGUGUGCGUCUAAGGGCUUGACAACAACACCGGACAUGAAACAUCUCGACACACAUAUAGAUACAUUUAAUAUUUUACUCAGUGAUAAUCAGCUAAAAACAGUACCCGAAAAUGCGUUUAAGAAUCUAAGCAAUAUAAAUGCAAGUAGCAUAAACAUUGAUUUAAGUGGAAAUGGUAUGCAAAGCCUAAACAGCAAAGCUUUUAUUGGCAUAGAAAACGUAAUCACAAGCCUCAAUCUUAAAACAAACAAUUUGUCAAGUAUUCCAGAGGCUGUAGGCAAGCUCAGAGCGUUGAAAUCUUUAGAUAUUACUGAUAACCCUUUGCGUUCAUUAGGUUUCUCUGUUAUGUCAAAUGUUGGUCAUUCGCUGCAAAUACUGAAAGUAGAUUUGGAAUUAUUUUCAACCUGGCCCGAUGAAAUCGGAUUGUUGCAUUCAUUGACAAACCUUUAUAUUCAAACUAUUCCGUUUACUAGCCUAAGGUUCGGUAUAUUUCAUAGUUUUGAGCACACACUUAAAUUUUUAUAUAUAGAAAAGGCUACAAAUCUCGAAAACAUUCCUUUUGCUGUCUGUCAGCUCACAGAAAUACAAUCGCUUACCAUGAAUUGGUUCACUAAAAUCAGCAAAAAUGAUUCAUCACUGUUUGAGCUCUGCAAAGAAAACCGACAUUCACUGACAAACCUUUCUCUUGGUUAUAGUCUCUUGAGCAUCUUUCCUGAUGUUUUUCACCUAUAUCCUAUGCUGUCUGAAUUAAGUUUAAGUACAAAUAGACUUGAAAUCAUUAAGUCUGAAGUUAUUCCCAACAACACAUCGCUACUACGAAUGACUUUAGAUGGAAAUAGUUUCAAAAGAAUCCCGGCCGCUCUCAAUAAGCUAAACAAUCUUCAUUAUCUAAACAUUAAUAGUAAUGACAUCAUUGCAGUUGAAGACAACGAUUUAAUUGGACUGUCAAAUCUGGAAAUAUUAGAUCUUUCAGUCAACCCGAUAAGAUACAUAUCUGACAAAGCGUUUGAAAGCACGACAAAAUUGAAUACGCUUUAUUUACAGAAGACGAAGCUACAAUUGAUCCCUCUUGCGGUCACCACUUUACCCUGGUUAUCUAACCUUGACAUAAGGUCAACUAAACCAAUUUUGUGUACAUGUGACUUGUCUUACUUGAAAUAUUGGAAUGCAUCAAGUGUACAGUCGUUUCAUGGGCAAUGUGCAUACUCGACCUUAAGCUUUCAAAAAUUUAUAACGACUUUCCUUCAAAACUGCCCUUAACUUUUAUUAUAAGAUCUUUGAAGGUGCGGAUGGAAAUAUCUGGCUCGCGGGUAACUGUAUAGGCGGUAAUGCGGCUCAGCUCGGUACAUUUGUACAGCAAGAAAAACUAGGUAUAUUUGUAUAGCAAGAAUUUUUCAUCCGCGUCUUCAGCUAGUGAUAGAGUCUCUUUCAAACACACAAUAUGAAUUAAUAGAAGAAAUAAGAUAAAACGAAUGUUUUUCUUUUAAUAGUAGCGUAUGAAUCUACGUUUUUAUUUAGAAACUACAUAUACAAUACGAGUCACCGUAGGGCUGCUAGAUGAGUUUUUCCAGCACAAGCAAAUACGCAGGGAAAUAUUGACAGACAUCCAGAAAAAGAACAAACUUUAUUACCAUUUUGUGCUUAAGCAUUGCGCAAAAGUGAAUCACUUGAUACAUUCGUAUGAAAUCUUAAGACACUGCAUUUUAGGAACUUCAUAAGUUGUUUUAUUUCUUUACACAGUGCAACCUCUCCAGAGCGGCCCUCUCUACAGCAAAAACCUCUCCACAACAGCAUUAUCAAAAUUUCCCGUAGCGGGAUUUUACUAUUAAUUUAACCUCUAUAGAGCAACUACCUCCCAAAGGGUGUUGCUCUGCAGAGGUUGCACUGUAAUUGUUUUAUAUGCGUUAACAGCAAGUGUUAGUUUUCAAACUUUUGUUGGUUUUUACUCGGCUUGUUGGUUUUUCCUCGGCUUGUUAAAAUAAGUGUACAACGUCAUUGAAUAUAUAUUUGUAUAGAAAGAUGUGUUUAAUCAAAUAGAAAGUUUCAGUUUUAGUAAAAACAACAAGCAAUUAAAGCAUCUUUUUAAGAAAAUAAUAACUCCUUGACUGAUUAAAUUCUUCUAUGACAUGUUUGGCUAUGAAAACAUGAUCAUAAUCAUAUAAAAUAUCAAAAAGAUACAUAUACCUACAAGGACAAGAAUUCUAAAAGACUAUGCCUCUUACAUUUUUAUCCUUUUUUUUUCUUUUUUUUGCUUAUCUUGUUCAAAUUACGAUGUAUGCAUUCAUUUUGUAAUUUAUUACUGUAAAUAAAAUGCUUACAUUAAAGAUACCUAUGAUAAUUGUACUAUAUAGCGAAUAUUACAUAAUUUAAUAUUUCCAGAGGUGUGUCCCGUUUAAAAGGAGAAAGUUUCGUUAAAUUUCUUUAAAAUGUCCAAUGUCUUACCUAAGACAUUCAACUGAAAUUUUGAUUACAAUCCUACAAUCUUCUAAAAUAAAAGACAGUGUUUUAACAUCGCAGAUACUACAUUAAAACAUCACAUCUUAUCACAUCAUAUCUUUUAGAUUAUAACAAAAGGUUACAAAAUGAAAUCUUUCAUGUGAUAUCAAAGCCGUCCCCACUUUUGAACGUUUCUUACCAAAUGCCCUUCCAAAGGUCAAUGUAGGUAUUGAAUUGAAGCGUGAUGCAAGUCACUGCGAUGCAUAAAAGAUGGUGAAAGGUGUAUAGCCUGUAAUUCUUAAUAAUAUUUUGGCAAAGAUAUGCACCUUACUGGACGCGGAAAAAAUCGAUGAAGGGCAAGUGGUUUGAAGUCAGCGAACUUAACCACUUGGCCACGAAGGCCCCAUACUACGAUUCAUAAAAGACAAUUUUAUUUAUUCAUUUUGUCGGGUUUAACGUCGCAUCGACACAAUUUUAGAACAUAUCGCGAUUUUCCAGCUUUGAUGGUGGAAGAAAAUCCUUGGUACUACUUAGUGCAUUAUUUCAUCACGAGCGGGCAUCUGAGUAAAAUCACCGACCUUCCGUAAGCAAACUGGAUGACUUCCUCACAUGAAGAAUUCAACGCCCCGAGUGAGGCUCGAACCCCAAUCGAUGAGGGCAAGUGAUUUGAAGUAACCGAACGUAACCACUCGGCCACGGAGGCUCCCUUAUAAAAGAGGACGAAAUAUGUUACCCUGCAACUUUUAAUUGGAUUCUGGCAAAGAUGCUCACCUUACUGGACGCGGAAAAUACAGAUUAAAGCUUCUGCAUGGAAAUAGCUAAAGCUAAUGCAAAAACUUGGUUGAAACGCCACACAGAUGUUAGGUAUAAUUUAGGCAUAAUUUAACAA